AUGACGCCGCACUAACCGGAAGUUGUCAGCGUGCCUGUGAGGAGAAGAUUAUCACAUUCGUAGUCAUGGUCCAGCUUCACGUUAAACGCGGAGAUGAGAGUCAGUUUCUGUUUAACACCACGGUGGAUAUUUCCAUUGAGACGCUCAUAGAGCAGGUCACUCAGGUCUACAAUGGGAGGCUGAAGGUGGACAGGAUCUGCUCUGAGAUUCCUGAACUUGCAGAUCAUGGCAUCAUGCUUCCCCCUAACAUGCAAGGCCUGACUGAAGACCAGAUCACAGACCUGAAGUUAAGGGAUGAAUGGGAGGACAAGUGCAUACCCAGUGGUGGGGCAGAGUUUAAAAAGGAUGAAAUUGGAUGCAGGAAUGGACACGCACCCAAUGAAAAAAUGAAGAAUGUUUUGAAAAAGACUAUGGAAGAAGCCAAAGCUCUAAUCUCAAAAAAACAAGUGCAGGCGAAUGUGUGUGUUACCAUGGACAUGGUAAACGAGGCUCUUGCCCAGUUGCGAGGAGCAGUGAUGAUUGUUUACCCAAUGGGCCUGCCCCCUCAUGAUCCCAUUAAAAUGGAGUUUGAAAAUCAGGAAGAUCUUGCAGGAACACAGGCUUCUCUUCAGGUAAUCCCAGAGAAAGAAGCUCAGAUCUGGUGGGCAGCUAAAGAGCUUCAUCGGGACAAGAAAUUACAAGAUUACAUUGGAAAGAAUGAGAAAACAAAGAUUGUUGUGAAGAUUCAGAAGAGAGGCCAGGGAGCGCCAGCACGGGAGCCUCUGGUCAGUGAGGAGCAGCAAAAGCAGAUGAUGAUGCAUUAUUACAGGAGGCAGGAGGAACUUAAGAAGCUGGAUGAAGCAGAUGAUGAUUCAUAUUUGCAGUCAGAAUGGUCAGACCGGCAGGCUUUAAAGAGACAAUUUCAAGGCCUUACAAAUAUCAAAUGGGGCCCAAGAUAAAUGGAACUUAUUGACUUUGUCAAAGAUUACUUUGAUGCCUUGUCACUUUCUUGUGUUGGACAAAAUAUGGAAUUUCCCUGAACCUCUCUUUUUUUGUAAAUAGAUUUGUGAGUUUGUAAACACAUUUUUGGUUGACUAUUAACAGAUUUAUGACAUGUACUGAUACUGCAUGAAGAUCUUUGAGGUCCCUGAUAAAGAACAUGGAGAAAGGAGGAUAUAACACCUUUCCUGUCUUUGUCUCUGGUACUCUCACUGGCUUCACUGAAAGCCAGUUCUUUUUACGGGCAGGAAGUUGCAUCACAUGUCUGAGGCACACAGAGGUCAUCCAAGCAGUGUAAGUAAAAUAAUAAUGGCUUCAGUCCCUUUAGGCUUAAGGAACAGCAGUGGGAUGGUGAUGUUCAGUGGUGAUCUCCACAAAACAUUUCUGUGAUAAAUUUUAUCAUAACUCCCUUUUAGUUUAAAACCAAGGAUCGUUUAUUUUAGGGUCCUAAAGUUUUUCAUUUAAAAGUGUGAAAUAAAAUAUCUUUUAUAUGAAA